AUGAAAAGCAAACAUGAUCAUUCCCUGUUCAUCAAAGAAGAGAAUGGAAAGCAGGUUAUUCUACUUGUAUAUGUUGAUGAUCUUCUCAUCACAGGCAAUGACACUGCGAUGAUUCAAGAGGCAAAGGUCACACUACACAAGGCUUUCAAGAUCAAAGACCUAGGAAACUUGAUAUAUUUUCUAGGCAAUGAAGUGUGCAGGUCUGCAAAGGGAAUUCUUCUAUGUCAAAGGAAAUAUGCUCUAGAACUUAUAGCAGAACUGGGAUUGUCUGGUGCUAAGCCUGCCAUUACACCAAUGGAGCAAAACAAAAGACUUACAACUGUUGAGUAUGAUGAACAUUGUCACUUGGAUCAUGAUCCAACACUGGCAGAUGUGAGAGGCUAUCAGAGGUUGAUUGGAAAGCUUUUAUACUUAACCAUGACAAGACCUGACAUUGUCUAUAGUGUGCAAACUCCGAGUCAAUUCAUGCAAGCUCCCAAGCAGUCUCAUCUGGAAGCAGCAUACAGAGUAGUAAGGUAUGUGAAGAAUGAGCAUGGGCUUGGAAUUCUUAUGAGUGCAAUUGGGGACAUGACUCUUAGUGCAUAUCGUGAUGCAGACUGGGCAAGUUGUCCUAACUCUAGAAAGUCAGUCAUUGGAUACCUUGUGAAGUUUGAUGGAUCACUGAUAUCUUGGAAAUCUAAGAAGUAG